AUGCAACCACUGCGGCACAAGAAGCGCAUGGACAGCAGCUCCAGCUCCUCGUGCGAGUCAAAAGAGGUCUUGAUCAAACCGAUACCAAUCGUGAAGCCCAAACCAAAGCCCACGCCUAUACCUCCACCCCCUCCCCCACCUCAGCCUCAGCCUCAGCCUCAGCCUCCAUCUUCACGAUACAGCACAAGACUCUUCUGCAUCUACGCAAAGGACCUCCAACACAACCCCCGUCUCCACCUUGCCGACGCCUACCGACCCACCGGCGACCACAAGUGUCCCUUCUGCCGCACGCACGUCUCCAUCCAACCCGGAAAAGCCUGGGAGCUCGUCGUCGACGGCUACAAGAAGAAAGACGAACGCGGUCAUUGCACUACGGCACCGCGAACUUUUCGCAUCAAGAACCGCUUUAUUGUCAAGAGCCAUAGAGAAGGUGGGGGCUUUGCGUGUGUGCUUUGCGCGAGGUUCAGGAAGUCGGAUACCGUGUGUAGGGGUAUCGAGGCGCUGAUGGAUCAUCUUUGGAGGGAGCAUGCGAGUGAGGAGUUGGAGAGGGAUGCGGAUAUCGUGGAGGUGUAG